CCUAUUAAAUAAGCAUGAACGCAAUAGCAACACGGCGAAGAGAAUACCCGUUAGCACAAGUCAUUUAGUAUGUGACCGGCAAUCAGAGCAAGUAGUCGCAAUUUUGGCAGAUUCUUCUUCGCUACGCAUAUUCAAGUAGCGAUUCGAUAAAGCAACGCAAAAAGUAACGUUAAUUAUUUCGGUUGUGUUAGUUUCGUGCAAUAGAGGUGCUGAGGUGUGUUGGACUUUAAUCAGCAUGAAGGCAAUUAUAUUUAUUGUCAUAUUGGCCAUUUCGGGGUUUUGGCUUUACCAAAGCGUCAACGAAUUCAUUAAGCCGCUACCGAGGCCAGAAGUUAGCAAUAACACUUACUGGGGACCCGGCAAACCUGUAAACUACGAAGCGCCGACAGAUAUUAUACCUUUUGAAAUCAAAUACGAUCAAACGAUUAUAGACGAUUUGCGUACGCAACUAAACCGUACGUGGAAAUUCACUGCCCCAUUAGAAAAUAUCAAAUUCGAGUACGGUUUCAAUUCGGAAGCGCUCAGACAUAUUGUGGACUAUUGGCGCGACUACUACUUGCUCAAAUGGCGAGCACAUGAAGAUUAUCUGAAUUCUCUGCCGCACUUUAAAACCGAAAUUCAAGGGCUGAAGAUUCACUUCAUACACGCAAAGCCAUCGGCGGAGGCGCAUAAAGUGAAGAAGGUGGUGCCGCUGUUAUUGCUGCACGGUUGGCCGGGCUCUGUGCGAGAAUUUUACGAGUUUAUAAAGCUGUUGGUGGAGGUGUCUGAUGUUAAUGAUUAUGUGUUCGAAGUUAUUGCACCCUCUCUAGUCGGUUAUGGGUUUUCCGACGCUGCCACUAGACCGGGCUUCGAUGCCCUACAGAUGGCUACUGUUAUGCGUAAUCUAAUGCUACGUGUUGGUUUUGAUAAAUUUCUGAUACAGGGUGGCGAUUGGGGCUCCAUCAUCGGCAGCGCCAUUUCCACACUUUUCCCGGAAAAUGUGCUUGGUUUUCACUCUAAUAUGUGUAUGUUGAACACACCACUAGCUAUGAUAAAAUCGUACAUUGCCAGUUGGAUGCCAGAGCGUUUCAUACCAGCGCGUUUCUUUUACAAUCAUCAUUUUCCACUAAAGGAUAAAUAUAAGUUUCUGAUCGUUGAGUCCGGUUACUUCCACUUGCAAGCCACAAAACCAGACACCAUUGGUAUUGCACUGGAGGCUAGUCCCAUUGCCUUAGCCGCAUACAUAAUGGAAAAAUUCCAAUUGGCAACUGGUGUUGGACGGAAUCAGGAAUUCAACGCUAUGGACAAAGUGUAUAAAUUAGAUGCUAUAUUAGAUAAUCUCAUGAUAUACUAUCUCACCCGAACGGUCACGACAGCAGGUCGGUUCUACGCUGAAAAUCUCGCAAGUGGCUCAAAGGCUCUGAGCCUGGAUCGCGUGCCAACGAUAGUCCCAAUGGGUUGUGCGCGCUUUCAGUUCGACUUGCCUCCUGCCAUUGACUGGGCGCUCAAAGACAAGUUUCCGAAUUUGGUGCAUAGUACAUACUUUAACCAAGGUAGCCAUUUCGCUGCCUUGGAAUUGCCUGGUAUGUUGUAUAUUAACUUCCAAGAGUUUGCGAAGAAAGUCAUUAUAGAGUAAUUUAUAAUUUUUUUGUAUUCUAAAGGAGUAAUUUAAUUAAUAAGCAAAACAUGAAAAUACAGUUACUGCGAUUUUUUACUCAUCAGAAUAUUGCAUUACCUUCGGAGUAAAACAAAGGGAAACAGAAAAUUUUGUCAUCGCUCAGAUACCACAUUUAUAUUCCUACUUUUACAAAUAAGUUAUAAAUAUUACAAAUAUAUAAUAAAUAUUACGAAACACAUGUUCACAGCGCACGUACGCAUCUCCGAGCAUGCAACCCAACA